UUUAAACUAGGAGAAGAAGAAGAAGAGAAAGAGAGAAAAUACAUUACAGGGACUGUGUCCACAGAGAAGAACAUCGAGACAAAAAGAUGAGCGAAGCCACUGUGGACUCGAGCACGCUCUGCCUUUUCGACGUUGACGGCACGCUCACGUCCGCGAGACAGCGUGUGACUCCAAACGUGGCAGAGUUUCUCCAGAAGCUCAGGACUCGAGUUUGUGUCGGAGUGGUAGGAGGUUCGGACCUCAGUAAGAUCAAAGAGCAGCUGGGAAAUGAUGUGAUCCAGAAAGUGGACUACGUGUUUGCUGAGAACGGUCUGGUGGCCUAUAAGAAUGGAGAGUUACUCUCUGUCCAGUCCAUCCAGACCCAUAUGGGAGAAGAGCUACUCCAAGAUUUCAUCAACUUCUGUCUCAACUACAUGGCCAAGAUCAAACUGCCUAAGAAGAGGGGGACAUUCAUUGAAUUCCGUAGCGGCAUGUUGAACAUCUCCCCCAUUGGACGCAGCUGUACACAGGAGGAGAGGAUUGAGUUCUACGAGCUAGAUCAGAAAGAGAAAAUCAGAGAGAAAUUUGUGUCGGUAUUAGAGGAAGAGUUCAAAGGAAAAGGAUUGUCUUUCUCAAUCGGGGGGCAGAUCAGCUUUGAUGUGUUUCCUGAUGGUUGGGAUAAGAGAUUCUGUCUGGGGUUUGUUGAGAAGGACAACUACUCAACCAUUCACUUCUUUGGAGACAAGACCAAACCUGGAGGAAACGACUAUGAGAUCUACAGCGACCCUCGGACCAUCGGCCACGAAGUCUCCUCUCCAGAGGACACGCAACAAAUUUGUCAACAGCUUUUCUUCUCAUGAGAGAGAAGCAGAAACUAUCACUUUCUGCCAAAACAGGCUGGUAUUUGAGGUCUUUAUCAUCUGUCAAGAACUUAUCAUCAGGCUGAACACAAAAAGCAAAUGUUGUUGUCAGAGCCAUGACGUAUUCCUCUUUGGAUUUUAUGUUCAGCCAUUUUUAGGAUCACUGCUCCAUUUAUUCCCCAAAAACUCGAACCAUAAUACAGAUCAAUAAUGGCACUUGAACUUGAAUGAAGUACACACUUGUAUGGAGAUUCUGCUGUGAAACAUGUGAACUGUGGGAAAUAAAAAGUAGUCUAUAUAUAACUUUAUACCUUUGCUGAAAAUUAUAAUAUGUAAGGAUUUAGAAGUGCGGGAUAGAUUACAAAUACUGCUUUAGUUAUACACUUCGAGCCCCACUGUUGAUAUUGAUAUUAGAGAAGUAAACACAUAUUGUUGUUUUCUUAGUAUAAUCUCAUUUUUGCAAAGGGUACCUGAAAUGUGGUUGUUAAAAGGUUUUGACCAGCAAAUGUUCUGAGCAGGACAUUUUGUUCUCCGGUGGACAAAGUAUGCAAUGGUUUCACUGUUUGUCCUCAGACAUUUGGCAUCGUUUCUUAUUGGCCAAUUUACACUGAUACCAAUACCUGAUUCUAUGUUGAUUUCAUAUACUGUAUAUAAAUGGAAGUGAUGAAGUGUAGGGAUGAAAAUGAUAGCUAUAUUUAAGAAAUAUCCAGAUGCUUAGCAUAUUGUGUUGUGAGUUUUUUUUCAAUGGCUGAAUUGUUCAAAGAAAGUCAAAUUUAAAUUCAUACUUUGAAAUAUUAUUUUAUAACAAUCAUCUAACUGCAAGCCAAAUCCUGCGAAUUUAAGCCUCAUAGCCAUGCACACAUUUAGAUAUGUGACAAAUAUGACAUGAUAUUCCAUAUUAGUCAUAGUCAUGUAUGCAGGUAAUGGAACAGUCGAUUCCUUCUCAAACUCGGUCGAGUUUUGUUAUUGGAAGUUGCUUUCAUAAGCUUUUCAUGUCAUUUUGGAUAAUACUAUAGAGCCAUGGUGGUGCAGUUCUUUCCUUUAACAGUGCAUUUAUUGAUAAAUCAUUUACAUCAAUUGACACAAAACAUACACACACCACAGACUACGUUAAAAUAUUCCAGUUGAAAAGAAGAGGGGAUCCUUAUAGCUCAUUAGAUGAAGUCAGUGUUGUCACAUACACAGCAACAUUGUGACAUUUCUAAUCACACACUUUUAUAUCUGCAUGUUGGUACAUCUGCCAAGGCUGAUUAAAAUUCCGUUUUUUCCCCCAAAUUAGUUCAAGUGUAUAAGCCAAACUGCCCUUAAAAAGGAAAACUUAAAAAAAAAAAUCAGCAUAGAUAGAGGGCAAAGUCUUUUCUCUUAUCUUUUGAUUUGGCUGUAUGAAUGUCAUGUGCAAACUCAGUGUUUUUAAACCUGUAGUCUGUCCUGCCACAUUAAGGGAACACAUGGAGCCAGUCAUGUUCACAGUGGGUUUAAACCAGUUUUACGAUUAACUAAUAUAGCAAUGUCCCUAAUAAGUCCUAACAGUGUAUACGGUUGUUAACAUAUGGAAUCACACAGCCAGUGUAGAGACCAUGAAACAAUUCUAGUUGUGUUUAAUUCUCUUCUUGCUGUUAGUACUUUAUCUAAAUGACAAUGUAAAACGUUACAGAUCACCUGAAAGGACCCAUACUAUUAACUGAAGUUCUGAAAGCAUGCAUCAGUCACAUAAUGACAUUUGAAGAAUAUGUUACCUGAUUUCAAUGGAUUUUAUUCUGAUUCUCAUCUGAAGGAUCCAGUUGGGCUGAGAAUUAAUAUUAUAACGUCAGUGUCAAGAAGAAUGACACUGAAAUCAGUAAAUGGAUGGCAUUAAAUAAACAUUCAUACAUAUCACA